AUUUCAACCUUUCGUGAUUAAAAGUUCAAAACGAGUUGAUUUAUAAGCAUACGGAAUAAGUGAACAACACACUGAUUGACGAGUGCGGAUGAUUUGUUCAACGGAGGCUUUAACGCACUUGCCACACUUGACACGAACGUAUCGGUUUGUUGUGCGCCUCAGACAUUACUUCAAGAAUAUGCUCUGUGCGGAUUUACACCCACCGGCGACGGUUCGGGGCAUGAAGCAGCUCGACCGUGCCGCUUUCUCCAAAACGAUCAAAGUGCCUCAUCUUCUUGUACCGAAGGACAAAAACUUAAACGAAGUUUGUCGAUCGAUAAAGAAAUAUCUGCUUAAGAUGGAACGUUACAAACCGGUGAUAACGGAAGAGUACAAAAUCACCCUUCAUCCGAUGGCCGUACAGAAGUGGGAAGAUUUAGCAGAGGUUAAUCUGGAACAGUUAGACAUCGGUAGCGAAGCGUUAGUUUGGCAGGAAAUUCAGCUAAACUACGAAAACUGGAAGUAUGAUGAAAUUUUCAAGGCCGUCCUACCGGCAGAUAAGGAAACCCUGUCAUCAUUUAGUAAAAUUGGCCAUAUAGUACAUCUCAAUCUGAAAGACCACUUGCUGCCAUAUAAACAGCUGAUUGGAGAAGUAAUAUGCGACAAAAUAGCGGAUUGCCGGACAGUGGUGAACAAGUCGAUUUCAAUCGAUAACACCUACCGGAACUUUCAGAUGGAGUUGCUCUGCGGCGAUCCCCACUACCAAGUAUCGGUGAAGGAGAAUGGAUGUCUGUUUCAGUUUGACUUUUCCAAGGUAUACUGGAAUCCGCGGCUGUCUACCGAGCAUGAGAAAAUAGUGAAAAUGCUCAAGAAGCAUGAUGUGCUGUACGAUUUGUACGCCGGUGUCGGACCAUUCACUGUACCGGCAGCACGCAAAGGUUGUGCGGUUCAGGCGAACGAUCUCAACCCCGACUCGUACCAAGCAUUGGUGGCCAAUUGUACAUUGAACAAGGUGUCGAAAAACGUAACAUGCCACAACAAGGAUGCGGUGGAUUUUAUUAGGGAAGAAUUGAAGCAAGCUUUACUUGAAAAAUGUGCCGACAAGAGCUUUGAUGGCGAAAUUCACAUCACCAUGAACUUACCAGCGAUGGCAGUGGAACAUUUGGUACAUUUUCCCGGUUUAUUGAAAGGUGCGGAUUUUGUCUUGCACAAAAAGCCGUUGGUGCACGUAUACUGUUUUGCGAAAGGCGUUGAUGAUAAGAAGCAGAUUGCUCGAGAUUUGGUCGAACAAUGGCUUGGUAUGGAUGUACGGGGCAUGCUAAAAGAAAUAGCUUUCGUACGCAACGUGGCACCUAACAAGGAUAUGAUGCGUGUUAGUUUCUAUCUAACGGAAGAUGUACUGCUUGGUCGUACCAUUAAUAAAAAGCGCCAGCUAGACGAAGACCAAACGCUAUCGGAUGAAUCCAAACGACCCUCAAACAAGAUGAAAGAUCAGCGAAAGCAGUUGGCGAAGAAGGCAAAAACUGUAUUCACAGUAUCGCAAGGCAAAAAGAAAAACAUGAAAAAAACGAAGGAAGUUUCAAGCAGCCUGAAAAAUAUCAAGGUACAGGACAAACGCGAAAAGGUGGACCAGAAAUUUCAAGACCUGCACGCACAAAUAGUUGCAAAGAAGGCUCCCAAACCAGCUCCUAAGCCACUACCGGCGAAGAAUAAAGGCAAAGCAGACACAAAAAAGAUUGAAGUAGAUCUUAACGAAAUGCAGAUGUAAAAAUACACCAGCUGUAGCGUAUAAACCCCAAAUAAUAAAUGUAAGAACCGGGUGAAUUUACAA